GCUCGGUGGAGAGCGAGGAGUUCCGUCUGCACUGCCGACGCCGCUGGCAGCGGGGCUGUCUCGGGAAGGCGGACCGGCGAACGCCCAGUGCCCGCGCUAGGCUGCCAGCCGCGCUCGUCUGCGCCUGUGUCAUCCUCACUCGGGACGCAGUGACCAUUUUUAAAUCACAAGGGCGUGGGUCAGCCUCCCCUAGGACUUCAUGUCUGUAUAUUUCCCCAUUCACUGCCCUGACUAUCUGAGAUCGGCUAAGAUGACUGAGGUGAUGAUGAAUACCCCAUCCAUGGAGGAAAUUGGCCUCAGCCCCCGGAAGGAUGGCCUUUCCUAUCAGAUCUUCCCUGACCCAUCAGAUUUUGAUCGCUGCUGCAAACUGAAGGACCGCCUGCCCUCCAUAGUUGUGGAACCCACAGAGGGAGAGGUGGAGAGCGGGGAGCUCAGGUGGCCUCCUGAGGAGUUCUUGGUUCAGGAGGAUGAGCAAGACAACUGCGAAGAGACAGCGAAGGAAAACAAGGAGCAGUAGAGUCCCUGAGGGUUUGCCAGGGUCAUGCCAGCCAGCAUUUGUAUCUGAACUGUUUUUCCCAUCGUGAUGGAAGAAGAGAGUGAGCCAUGAUUUGAAGAUGUCAAAUGAGGCUUUUGUACCUGCAAAUCACCAAGUUGGUUUUCUUAGCU